UGGGUCCGUUCGCAUGCCCCCAUGCAGGGGGGGAAGCUGAUGACGAUUGACUGAACAGGUUAUUCGUAUUAAUGAAUGAAAGAGCGGCCACACAAAAGAUGACGCGCCAGAUCGACACGGGGAACCAUCCAUAUUAACGUAGCACCCGAGCUCUUUGUCUUUCUUCUUCUUCCCUUUCGCCAAGAGCUGCCAACUGUUCACGAUGCACCCGUACCAACUUCAAUCUACCUUUCCUUAAUGACCGUCGUACGUCCGUCGGAACCGCCGAAACCAUGGCCGCUGAGUCUGGGGAGACAGGCCAGACGGGGCCAAUUGUCGCGUCGUUGCUGGUCAACAUGGUCAUCGCGGGCCUCUUCGCCAUAGCUUGCUACAACUGUCUCGAGAUCCUCAUCUCGCUACUGAAUCGCUUCAAACGGCACGAUGGUCUUUAUUUCUGGAGCAUGGUGGUAGCGACCCUUGGGAUAUUACUGCACAGUAUCGUGGUCAUAUUGAGGUACUACAGCUUGGGGCCCAACUUUUUGCUCUGCGUUUUGACGUGCGUGGGCUGGUAUGGUAUGGUCACCGGUCAAUCUGUCGUGCUGUAUUCUCGACUACAUCUCAUCGUUGAGGAUAAGUCGAAGACGCGAUGGGUUUUAUACAUGAUCAUCAUCAACUUCUUCAUACUACAUGUUCCGACGACGGUCCUCUUCCUCGGAAGCAACACCAAACACUCGGCCCACUUCAUCAGAGCCUUCAACGUCUACGAGCGCAUUCAACUGGCCGGCUUCUGCAUCCAAGAAACAAUCAUCUCAGGCCUAUACAUCUGGGAAACGUCGCGGGGCCUCAAACCGAUCUUCGCCGUGCGCAAGAAAAUGGAGCGCAAGAUCAUGCGAUACCUCAUCAUCGUCAACAUCCUCGUCAUCCUCCUCGACAUCAGCCUCAUCCUCACGCAGUACAUGAGCCACUUCAACAUCCAAACAACCUACAAGCCCGUCGUGUACAGCAUAAAACUCAAGAUGGAGUUCGUGGUGCUCAAUAAAUUGCUUUUACUCGUCCAGCACAGCGACUGCAAUUGCAUGCACAUCGUCGGUGAAUCCGAAACCCCACCGCCAGACCCUUCACACAUCGAAUGUCAAUCCAUCGGACGAAAUUCCUCUACGCGAACAGGAAGCGACGUUCCCAUUCAAAUGAACGUCGCCCCAAUUCAGAUGAACCACGUACAAAAGCACAAUACCAACGCAUCGUCACAGUCGGGAGGCCGUCACCAAAAGGCCAACCCUCUACACUUUCUCGACUACUAACAAUUACUCAUACGCCACAUAGACAGCUCAUAACUACAACGCCUCCGUAAGCUCUUCAAACAGCCACUGAAGCACGACCCUCACCGCUGCUACGAGUUCCCCAACUGCAAAUGCCGAAGCCAUCACCCGACACUGAGGCUUCCGUAAGCUAACAGCGCCACAAAGCCACCACGGCAAUAAAUAACUUUAGCCGUGUCGUUUCACUCAUCUCGCCAUGCGUCAUACGGCGCUUGAGUUGGAGUUGACAUUGCGUCUUCUGACACAACUGAGUGACGACCUGGCUACACACAAUAUGGUUUUGGGACCAACCAUUUUAUUUACAAGGAUGACGCCCCCUAGAAAGAGGCGCUGAGCGACCUCGAAUUGAACAGAAUUGUCUCAUUUGCAAUACAGCAUAUCAUUGGGAGGAGUUCAGGAUUAAGGACAGUUCAUCUACCAGGGGCAAACACGGGACCCGACCAGCAACAUUGAUACCCAUUGAUUCUCAUAUAUCAUCUAUGAUCUUAAUACAGAAAUCCCAUGACCAAAUUACUCAAAAUUUUCCAUUCUCGUUUUUAUUUUGGCUGUGUCCUUCCAACGAAGGACGAACUUGUGAUCAUGCUCAUUCGCUAUGCGACGCCAAAUUCGAAGCAUGUCUUCCAUCGGCGGCUGCAGCUUCUUCCCAACAAUUCUCAUGCAAGGCUCAACUUUGGCGCUGUUGUAAGAGACCCUGUAGCCCCCGAUCACACCGACAUUGAUAACCAUUCGUUGUAGCCGGGGCAUGUGAGAAGCUGCCUGUCCUGCCGCGCAGAGUAGUUCAUGUGCAUAGUCUGGAUCAAUUGGACCUCUGAAUUCAUUGACGACGAAACUUGAGAAAUAACCUCGCGACCGCCCACUCGGUGCACCCCAUCGUUUGGUUUUGAAAAUGUCAGUGUUCGGAUCGUCCUUAUAGGGUACCGCGAGCCACUUUCCAGCGGGGGUUAUCGCAAGAAACCCGAUCUCAUAGUAUUCGAGUUUCGACCAGCCAAGACAGCCAGACAGAGCUUCUUCUGAUGGUCCCAUUAUAGUCAGUUCGAAACUUCCCUUCGCCGAGAAUCGCGUUGUGUUCUCUCGCUGCGAGAAGUUGAAGAGCGCUUGGCUAAGGUGAUCGGAGUUUUCUUCUGGAUCUAGUAUACUCGUGGGUAUGUGCGAGUGAUCCCGUGAUAUACCUCGUGAAUAAUGAAAAUCGAAGUCGUAGAUGCUCUGUGGCAAGAUAGACAGCGAAUUUGCGAGCUCUACAGAACUGUCAGCGACUCAGGUGUGUAGCCCAUGGAGACCUUACUCUUUCUCAGCUCAUUUCUAAGACCUUUGUUUUUUAACUCUCUAUCGCUAAGAUGAAGUUUGAGUUUCUUCAGACACGGCAUCUUGCUUCCAAUGAUGCAUGCCGUGUGAGGUUCGAAGCAUAAACUCCACGAGACGAGUUCAAAACUGCAUGAAGCUAUGGACGGCAAUUCUGGUAGCUCCUCACCGUCGUGGUUCAUACCGAGAUAGACAGUUGUAAGCCAAGGGCCUUCUAGGGUAUUUGCUUCCAUCUCUUCAGGGCCGGAAAUGCGGCUCAGUCCGUAUUCCCGAGGGACUGGGAAGCCGAGCCGUAUAUCGAUGUAUGGUUGGUGAUUCUCGUGGACAGGAGCCAAUUUGAGGGUGCUGAAGAGAAUUCUUAUCAUCUUGGCGAAUACUCUAUCGUAGCCUCUGUCUCUUGGAUGGGGGAAGUCGAUUACGCUAGUAAUAUAGUCACCGUCGCCAUCAACGUCGUCUUCUUCAACUCCUUCGACCUCAUCCUCGGAUGAGACAUCUCCGGUAUCACCUCUGGCUCUGAAAAGGUCCUUUCUUAUAUCCAGUUCUGGGGGGAAUACAAUGGGAGUAUCCCACGGUCGCGGAAGCGGAAAGGCGAUGAGAACUGCGAUAAAGCGAACAUACCCCAGCCGUCGUUGAGUGAGAUACCCGUGCUGUGCCGCCUCAACCAGCCUCUUCGGCGAGAUGACAAGGGUAUGAAAAGUGAACGGUUCAAAAGCGAGCUGCCAAUUGUGUGAAACGGCGGCGAAUGGAGCAAGGGAAUUAUCUCGUGAUAACGUUCGGGGAAUUUUCAACGUGUCAUCAGAGUCCCAGACAUCGAAGACUGUGUUGAUGUCAAUUUGUGGUCCAGACGCAGCAGCUUCCGCUGCGAUCAUGGAGAGGAGUUCAGUUGAGAGGCGAUCCAUUUUGAGUUUGGGAAUCGCUGGCGGUUAGUCUAGGUUCCUGAUGAUAUCGAUACGUAAGUGGG